UCGGGGAGCCCUAACCCGGUAGAGGCAGGACCUUGCUGUCUGCUGUCCCUCAGCUCUUUGACGCCCGGUUGUAUUUGCCUUUGGCCCAGGAUCGCAGGUGACUGGGGUCGGGGAGGGAGUUGGCCGCCGGCCAGGGAGUCGUGCGCGUGCGCACGAAACCAACCGGCUCCCACGCGCCGGAACUACGCUCCUGGACCAGAGGGAUGGAAGAGCUCUGCUGCCCCGAAGCCAAGCUGGCGCCACCAGAGGUAGUCAUAGCUACCGAAGCCCCGCCACCCUCCCUUGUGGAUCGAUACUUCACUCGCUGGUAUAAAGCGGAUGUUAAAGGAAAACCCUGUGAGGACCACUGUAUACUCCAGCACUCCAACAGAAUAUGUGUCAUCACACUGGCAGGAUCUCAUCCAGUUCUUCAAAGUGGCAAAACCAUUAAAAGUAUUUCCUAUCAGAUCAGUAACAAUUGUAGCAGACUUGAGAACAAAGUAUCUGGGAAAUUUAAGCGGGGGGCACAGUUUCUAACAGAGCUUGCACCUCUGUGUAAGAUACACUGCUCUGACGGAGAGGAAUAUACCAUAUCUAGCUGUGUUAGAGGUCGAUUGAUGGAAGUGAAUGAAAACAUUCUUCAUCAGCCAUCUCUUCUUCAAGAAAAGCCGUCCACUGAAGGCUACAUUGCAGUUGUAUUACCCAAAUUUGAAGAAAGUAAAAGCGUAACAGAAGGGUUGCUGACACAGCAACAGUAUGAAGAGGUUGUGGUAAAACGCACUAAUGCCACAGCCACCACGCCCUGAGUCUUUCGAUGGAGGCAGCACUGGAUUCUCAGCCUACCCGGCCUAAACCAUCAGUGCCCUGAAGACAGCCAGUGUGAAUGAAGCAUUCCUUGCAGACGCCUAGCCUAGAGAGAAGCCUAAACCUUCACCUAACCUAAUUUCCCUCCUUUGUCUUACAUCACAAGCCUUGUUCCCAUCUGUAUUCAGGCUCUCAGACCUGCCUUGCCCAGGCUCUUGCUUUGUGUGCUGGGAAGCGCACUUGUGGGCGUAUACAUCAGAAAACAACUUCAAGUGCUUUUUUUUUUACCACAGUUUCUCAUUGGCUUGGAACUUUGCCAGAUAGCCCGUGUACUUCCAGGGAGGUACCUGUGUUCUCUGCCUCCCACCUUCCCAGGCUAGUAUUACGAGUGUACACCACCAUGCCCUGCUUUAUAUGGGCCUGGAAACCCAAACUCUGGGCUUCAUGCUUUCAAGUUGUAUUCGUUACUGUUCAGUUGCUGGGACAAAAUACCACAACCAAAAGCAACUUCAAAAAGACUUUAUCUGGGCUUGUAGUCCAGAGGACUAGAUGACCGUAGCAGUGGGAAGGCAAGGUAGCCAGGGCAGGAAGCUAAGAGAUCCCAUCCCUACCACACACCAAGAGCAGAGUGAACUGGAAGGAGAAUGAGGUUAUAAACAGGCCCUGGGGAUACAAUUCCCCAUCAAGACUCUGUCCUAAAAGUCCCAUAAGCUCCCCCAAACAGUACCACUGACUGGGGACCAAGUGUUCAAUUACCUAAGUCUAAAGGGGUCAUUUUUCAUUCAAUCUACAACAUUCUCCCCAUAAUGGCUAUAGGCUCAUAAUCAGGUCAUGCAAAAUGUAGUUAGUCCAAUAUCAAAAGUUCCCAUAGCCGUUAAUAGUCUCAGUGCUGUUCCAAAGUCUCUUGAGAGACUCAAUGCAAUCUCUUGUCUCCCCUGUAAAUCAGAAAGCCAGGAACAUUCUUCCAACAUACAAUGGCACA